AACCCACCAAGGAAACAAUAAGUGUUUCUCCUCCGAAAACCCACUCCAACUAUGACAUAUUUCCUGAAACAGCUCAAUGAAGACACCUUCAUACACAAGAGACUGCUGAUUCCUGGGGAGUUUGUGAAGAAAUGUGGGAGGCGGAAUCUGACAAACCCAGUAAUCCUGGAGCCAAUAGUUGGAGAUCCAAUGGAGAGGGAGAUGGAGCUAUACGAAGAUGGUAGCAGGUUUUGGGUGAGGAAUGGGUGGCAGGAGCUUGUAGAUCACUACAAACUCAGCCAUGGAUGUUAUCUAGUGUUUGAGUACAAGAGCUACUCACGGUUUAAGCUUUUGAUGCUUGGAGCAAAUGGGUUAGACUUGGAGUUUCCAGUUUCCGGUUAUGUCAAUGUUGGACGGAAUGGGAACCAGGAGUUUCAAGAAGUUGAAGAGGAAGAGAGUGUCGAUGGUGAUUCUGUGGAGAUUUCAACUUUGUUUUCUUAGUAGUUCAUAUAAAAAGAAAAACUCUAGCUGUUGUUCUGGAUCUCUUUGUGUUUAGGCUUUAUUCAUGG